CCCUUUGUACUUGUAGUCUCUGCAAGUCGAAACGUUUCGUCUCUCUGUGUCUCUCAUCACGCGAAGUCGCGAAUCGUACCGGGCGAAAAAGCCCUUGUCAAUACGGUCGUUAUUUUCUAUUUCUAAUUUUCCAUUACAUUAAAUUUUUUUUUUUUUUUCCACUCAUCGUUGUGGCGCAGCUUAUGGAGGCGACCUUUACAACUCCUCAAACGCGACACUAACGUGCGCACCUCGCUUCCCUCGACGAAUCCAUUAAUGCCAUCACAGCUCGAGCUUUAAAGCGCUCAGGGAGUUGAUAAAGAAAUUGUUGUUAUUCCAUGUGUUGGUGAGUCUCUGGGCUGUGAUGGUGUUUGGGAUUUUGGGUUGGCUUCAAAUUUUCAUGAGUAGAUUGCUUUAAAUAGUUGAAGGACGAGUUUAAUACGAAACAUGAUCUUUGAAUUAUUUAUGUGGAAGAUGUUUCACAUUCCAGACUAUUGCGUGUUGAUUUGGGCACUGAAGGUAGGCUAACGGUUAAUAAAGGGCUUAAUAGAGGAUUUGUUGGAUUUUAGGGCUAAGAAAAUGGAUGGGGAAGAGAAGAAAUCUGGUUCUAAGAGAAGAUUGAAGCCGGUUGAGUCAGACGACGAUGAGCCAAUUGGGUCGUUGCUCAGGUUGAAGAGACCCCGAAACCCUAAGAAGGUAAAGUCGGGCUCUGAGAGUGGUGGUGAUGGGGGCAAAAAGGUUGAGGUUAGAGAAGAGAGAUUGGAGGUUGAGAGCGGGGAUUUGGGGGGAAUGGACGAUACCUUGGCGAGUUUCAAGAAGAAGUUGAAGGGUCCAAAGAAAGAUAGUGGGUAUGGAAUUAUUAGGGGAAGCAGUUCUUCUUUGAAUGUGGCGGAUUCUUCGGAUAGAUCAUUGAGUGGGCCUGCUGAGGAUAGGGAAUGCGAUGAAAAAUCAAUAUCGAAGGUUGUGGAGAAAGUUCGUGUAACGGGUGAUGAUGGUUCUGAUAUGACUAUGGAUGUAGGGGUAGAAUACAGGUGUAAAGGGAAAGUGAAGAUAUGCAAGAUAAAUUCGACAGCAAGAACAAUAGAUGGCCAUCUCACUUCUGAUAAUGAUUUAGAGUCUCUGGGAUCUGGGUGUAAUUCUUUGAGGGAGCAGGAGUCUGGUAUGUGGUCUGUGGAAGGUCCUGAUCAGUCUGUGGAUGAACAUUUGGAAGACUCAUUAUCAGAAUUUGUUCGCAAGGCACAAUCUGGUUUGAUUAGGAAAUCUUGGGCAUCUUCAAGUUUAAAGCAGAAAAGAGAUGCUCAUACUUUGGAGGAUGAUGGGUUCAGCCCAUGCUCUGAAAGUGUUUCAGGGUCUUCUAAGCCUGUGACCUCAAGGAGACUUAGAUCUGGUUCCGCCUCAAAACUGGACCGCCAUAGUUUGAAAUCUAAAAAUAAAAGACCAGAUGACAGCUUUUGUCAAGUUUCUGACUGCAUGGAAGAGAAUCGUGAUUCAACCAGGAGGCUUACUUCUGAUUCCUCUAUUAAAGAAGAGAGUAUGAGACCCUGUGAAAGCGGACAUGAUGGAUCUUCCAAAGUUAUUUUAGAGGAUCCACCUCCAUUUUCUCCAUCUUCAAGAUCUACUUCUAAAGGAAUUCAAGAUGAGGCUAUAGAGGACCCCUGUGGUUCAAAUGCUCAGGAGGGAUCUAAAGUGGAUAAUGAUAGCUCGGAUCAAGUUUGUGAUGGAGAGUUUACUUGUGUUGAACUCAAGGACAAUAUUUCUGCUCCUAGCCAGAAGGCUGCAAUGGGAACUCGGACAUUUAAGAAUAGAUUAAAGCAUUGUUCGGCAGUUAACACAAGCACUUUGGUGCAUGAUGUUGAAAAAAUGCCAAAUUCCAUAUCUGGCCCAGAAAAGAUGGAAGAAUUGUAUGAGUUUGGCAAGGGUGAGCCCAACAGGGGGUUUAGAGAUUCAUUAACACAACACUCAGAGGGUGUUCCGACAACGAAUGUAUCAAUUGCAGACCUUGAAAUUUCCUCUUCUUUGGUUGGAAAAGAAAUUUCAGUGACUAACUAUGAUGAUGCAUUGUUGAACAAAUCAUGUAAAUUCGCUCCCAAUGAAAUUUCUAAUUCAGUUUCUGAGAAAAUUUUGGAGCUAUCAUCCAAAUGUGUCUCGCAUAACUCCUCUCCCCGCAUGAAGAUGGGAGAAACUUGCAGUGAUGGUGAUGUUCUUAAUACUUGCACCGAGGAGCCAGAUCUUGCUUCAGAUUCCCUGCAAAAGGAACAUGUUAUGGUAUCUGAGGUUCAGUUAUCUCCUAGGGCUAUCACGUCUACUGGAGCCCACAAAUCAGGGCUUGCUUUUCAGGUGAACCACCAGGAAAAAAUUUCAGAUACUUGUCUUGAUCCAAAUAAGUCUUUUCCCUCGAUGCAAAUGUGCAGCUCCACUUUACAUCAAAAUCAACCUUCUGAUGAUGCGUCGAAAGAGAUUUGUGUUCCUGGCCAUGAUUAUCUUUUAGUCAAUGAAGAGGCUUACGGCGAUGAAAAUGAAGAUUACCAAGAAGAUGCAAUAUCUGUGCGUGAUUUUGAAAACAAAGAUAAAAAGCUAUCAGCUGCCCAGCGUGCUGUGCGCAAGGCUAAGAAGCAUAGGCAUGGAGACAUGGCUUAUGAGGGGGAUGCCGAUUGGGAGAUUUUGUUACAUGAGCAAGGUUUUCUUGAAAGUCAAGGUAUUGUAGAUAGUGACCAUUCUUUUAGAACAAGAGCAAAGUAUGAUACCUCUUCAAAUAUUGGUGCAGAGGCUGAAAUCGGUGGUGCAGCAGCAGUAUCAGCUGGACUGAAAGCUCAUGCAGCUGGUCCAGUUGAGAAGAUUAAAUUUAAGGAGGUCUUGAAGCGCAAAGGUGGGCUUCAGGAAUUUUUAGAGUGCAGGAAUCAGAUAUUGGGUCUUUGGAGUAAAGAUGUUAGCCGUAUUUUACCACUUUCUGACUGUGGGGUCUCUGAUACCCCUUUUAAGGGCGAGCCACCACAUGCUACACUUAUUAGGGAGAUCUAUGCGUUUCUUGAUCAGAGUGGUUAUAUAAAUGUUGGAAUUGCUACUGAGAAGGAGAAAGGAGAAAUUAAUGCUAAGCAUAAUUAUCAGCUUCUAAAAGGAAAAAACAUUGAGGAAAAAUCAGGGGCUUCAGUUGCAGAUUUGGAGGAUGGAGUUUCUUUUAUUGUUGGUCAGGUAAAGAGUUCUGAAACUUCAAUUGAGGCAAAGAGCAAUGUUAUCCUUGAAAAUGAAAAUCAGACACUUGAAGCUACUAAAGAUAGCGGCCUUGGUACUCCUGCUGCACUCGAAUUAUCUGAUGCAAUAGAACGUCAAGACGGCCUAGCUGAUGAUUACCAAGAAAAUGGUAGCAUUGACACAAAACUACCUGGCAGAUCGUUCAAUAUGCCUGUUCUAAGUACUGGUUCAUUGUGUGAAACACUGGAUGGUGGAACAUUCCCUGUCAUCAUUCCUGAGCUAAUGAAUGACUCACAUACCAUUCAAUCUUCCUCAGAUGAUCGUGUUGGGUUGAAUGGUUCUCUGCAAUGUGAUUCAGAGGUCAGAAAGAAAAUCAUUGUUGUAGGAGCUGGUCCUGCUGGUUUAACUGCUGCACGACACUUGCAACGUCAGGGUUUUUCUGUAACUCUUCUUGAAGCUAGGAGUAGGAUAGGCGGUCGUGUCUUUACAGAUCGCUCAUCUCUCUCCGUUCCAGUGGAUCUUGGUGCUAGCAUUAUUACUGGUGUUGAGGCUGAUGUGGACACUGAAAGAAGACCGGAUCCUUCCUCAUUGGUUUGUGCGCAGUUGGGUCUUGAGUUGACUGUAUUAAACAGUGAUUGCCCUCUUUAUGAUAUCGUUACAGGUCAAAAAGUUCCUGCAGAUCUGGAUGAAGCCUUGGAAGCAGAAUACAACAGUCUUCUUGAUGAUAUGGUAUUGCUCGUUGCCCAAAAGGGGGAACAUGCGAUGAGAAUGUCUCUUGAGGAUGGCUUAGAAUAUGCCCUUAAGAGUCGUCGUUUGGCACGAUCAGGAAAAAAUAGUGAAGAAACUGAACUGCACAGUUCUGUAAAUGCUUUCUUUGAUUCCAAAAAAGGUAGUGUUGACAGCAGUUUUCCAGAUAGAAAUUGUUCUAAAGAGGAGAUUUUGAGUCCUCUGGAGAGGAGGGUUAUGGAUUGGCAUCUUGCUAAUUUAGAAUAUGGCUGUGCUGCUCCGCUUAAGCAAGUAUCUCUUCCCUAUUGGAACCAGGAUGAUGUUUAUGGAGGAUUUGGGGGAGCUCAUUGUAUGAUUAAAGGGGGCUACAGCACUGUUGUUGAGUCUCUUGGAGAAGGACUUCCCAUUCACUUGAACCAUGUGGUUACAGAUGUUUCAUAUGGCACCAAGGACCCUGGAAGUAAUGGUAAUCAGAGUUAUAGAGUCAAAGUAUCUACGUCAAAUGGCAGUGAAUUUUUGGGAGAUGCUGUCCUGAUUACAGUGCCACUUGGGUGCUUGAAAACAGAAACCAUAAAGUUUUCCCCACCUUUACCCCAAUGGAAACAUUCUUCCAUCCAGCGGCUUGGUUUUGGAGUUCUUAAUAAAGUAGUUUUGGAGUUUCCAGAAGUGUUUUGGAAUGAUUCUGUGGAUUACUUUGGAGCAACUGCGGAGGAAACAAACCAGAGGGGCCAAUGCUUUAUGUUCUGGAAUGUCAGAAAAACAGCUGGGGCUCCUGUUCUUAUAGCUUUGGUGGUUGGUAAGGCAGCUAUAGAUGGCCAAAAUAUGAGCUCAUCUGAUCAUGUAAACCAUGCAUUAAUUGUUCUCCGCAAACUUUUUGGGGAGGCUUCAGUUCCCGAUCCGGUUGCAUCAGUAGUGACAGACUGGGGCAGGGAUCCUUAUAGCUAUGGUGCUUACUCCUAUGUUGCUAUUGGAGCAUCUGGGGAAGAUUAUGAUUUAUUGGGCAGGCCUGUAGAGAACUGUUUGUUUUUUGCUGGUGAAGCCACCUGCAAGGAGCAUCCUGACACAGUUGGUGGUGCUAUGAUGAGUGGGCUACGGGAAGCAGUGCGCAUAAUUGACAUAUUGAGUACUGGAAAUGAUUACACUGCAGAAGUAGAGGCAAUGGAGGCUGCACAUAGACAUAGUGACUUUGAGAGGGAUGAAGUUAGAGACAUAACAAAGAGACUUGAUGCAGUUGAGCUUUCUAAUGUCCUCUACAAGAACUCUUUGGAUGGAGCCCGAAUUUUGACAAGGGAAGCUUUACUACAGGAGAUGUUCUUUAAUGCAAAAACCACUGCAGGACGAUUGCAUGUGGCCAAAGAGUUGUUGGAUCUUCCUGUUGAAACCUUGAAAUCCUUUGCUGGGACCAAAGAAGGGCUUACUACACUCAACUCAUGGAUACUGGACUCCAUGGGUAAGGACGGGACCCAACUGUUGCGGCACUGUGUUCGUCUACUUGUGCUUGUUUCAACUGAUUUACUCGCUGUGCGCUCAUCAGGCAUAGGGAAAACUGUGAAAGAAAAAGUUUGUGUACAUACUAGCCGUGAUAUACGAGCAAUAGCAAGUCAGCUAGUUAACGUGUGGCUUGAAGUCUUCCGCAAGGAAAAAGCUUCCAAUGGUGGAUUAAAGUUAUCAAGGCAAGGAAGUGCUGUAGAUUCAGCGAAGCGAAAAUCUCUUAAAGAUCCGGUAUCAGGAAAGCCGCCUCUGCACACACAUCAUGGUUCUUUGGAGAAUAAAGGAAGCUUGCAGGUUCCUGCAUCUGCCGGAAGCCAUUUCCCUUCCAAUGCAAAUGUGAAGAGAGUGAAUGGCAAAGCAGGCAAACUUGAAUCUGCAAAUGACUCAAAAUUGGAUUUUACGUCAAGGUCUCAAGGUUCAAUAGGUGCACUGGAUACUGAGCUGGUGGACAACAACGCUGCUAUGUCUGAAGAAGAACGGGCUGCCUUUGCUGCCGCAGAAGCAGCCCGUGCUGCAGCAAUUGCAGCUGCUGAGGCAUAUGCAUCAUCCGAAGCCAAGUGUAACACGUUGCUGCAGCUUCCUAAAAUACCGUCAUUUCACAAAUUUGCUAGACGGGAGCAAUAUGCUCAAGUGGAUGAGUAUGAUACUAGAAGGAAGUGGUCUGGUGGUGUUUUGGGAAGACAAGAUUGCAUAUCAGAAAUAGACUCUAGGAACUGCAAAGUCAGGAACUGGUCUGUUGAUUUCUCGGCUGCUUGUGUUAACCUUGACAGUUCAAAAGCUUCAGUGGAUAACCUCUCGCAGCGGAGCCACUCAAAUGCCAGCCAUCUGAACUUCAGAGAGCACUCUGGGGAAAGUGUGGCUGUGGACAGCAGUAUUUAUACUAAAGCAUGGGUUGAUGCAGCUGGUAGUGUGGGGAUAAAGGACUAUCAUGCAAUUGACAGAUGGCAAUCUCAAGCAGCUGCAGCUGAUUCUGAUUUCUUUCGUUCUACUGAGCAACUAAAGGAUGAGGAGGAUUCAAACACAAGUUGGAGACUUCCGACCUGGAAUCAUGAUAGACUGGCAAAUGAGAGUUCUGUUUCACAAGUUACAGUAAACAAGGAGUCUGUAAAAAAUCAUCCUCGAGGGGCAGACCACAUUAAGCAGGCUGUUGUGGAUUAUGUUGCAUCAUUGCUCAUGCCCCUUUAUAAAGCAAGGAAGAUUGAUAAGGAAGGAUAUAAGUCAAUUAUGAAGAAAACUGCAACUAAGGUCAUGGAGCAGGCCACUGAUGCAGAGAAAGCCAUGGCUGUUUCAGAGUUUCUAGAUUUCAAGCGCAGGAACAAGAUCCGUUCCUUUGUGGACAAACUGAUUGAGAGGCACAUGGCAAUGAAGCCAGAUGUGAAAUCAUGAUGGUCCAAGGAUUAGUCACCUAUUCUUUAGUGCAUUUAUGUACAAGAUUUGGAGAAGUCUGGUUCCUUGUUUCUGCUGGAGUUCGCGGCGUAUGUUGGUGGUGGUGGGGCAUAGGUAGUUCUUCUAUUGGUGCUUCAUUCAACAUGUUAUGAUACUGUUAAUGACCCAGAUAGUGCUUUGGAGGAAACGGGAUGGUUCUUGGUGGCCUGUUUGGUCAUAAUCGGCAUUGCCCUAAAUGCAAACUGCUCAAGAUCCCAUGCCUUCAUGCAAUGUGAUCAGAGCUGAUGAUGAAGUAUGUCAUAAACAGGCCAUUUUGGGUGUGGUGUGACUACUUGCAUUCAAAAUGGGCGCAAGUAUCAUUACUUGGAUCAUCUGGAUUGCAGGCAUCAGGGCAGGAUGAUAAGACCAGAUUACUUUCAGCAAUUGGUUCAUCAUCUGUCAAGGUUGUACUUCCUAGGGUGAAAAGUUAAGCCCUGUUUUUUGUUCCGGGAUCCCCCUAGUUGAGACAAUUUUUCUUGACCUCUCUUUUUUCAAUAUGUACAGAUUAGGAUAUUUUAGUGUUGACAAGCAUACAGAUCCUUUUUCUUCCAUUCCUUCGGAAGUACUUCAAUGUUGUUCUGAUUUUUUAAGUUGAACAUCAGUUACUAACAUCUCGAAAAUUUGAGCAAAGGAACUGCAUUUUGCAAUCAAUGGACCUCUACUAGGGCCUUGACUUCCUCUUA